GCAACUGAAGAAACAGCAGUCCGUCCGCGUACCGGCAGCAGGGAACACACGCCUCCCUUAGCACCCCCAAACCAACCGAAAGUGGAUCCAGUGAAAAGUGAAAUUUCGCAGUAAAUAUUCUCUGCCGAUUCCCAGGAGAACUUCUGUUCCCCCGAUAACAAAAAAAAGUGUUAUGUUAAUUGCCUGCCGCGGUGCCCCCGCCCGCCAUUCGGUUGUGUAGUGUUUUCGUUCGUUUAAUGUUGGAGGAGCUGCCCACGCGCCAGCAGGUCGGAGUCUGGCUGCACCGCCUCCUGCUGCUCGUCCUCGACGUCUGGCAGCACUGCAGCAUGUCCUUUGCACGCCGUCGCCAGGGGGCGCUCAAGUGGAUUAAAAAGCGCCUGGCGCGUCGCCGCAGUCGCGCCGACGACACGAACAUUGAGGCAGGGCCACCUUCGGUAGGAGGAGAAGCAGGGAUCACCGAAAGCCCAAAAUUAGCAGAAAAGGAGGAGAAGCAAAAGAAGGAGGAGGAGACAACGAAGGAACAGCAGUUGGGCGAGAUCUUGGUGUUGAAUGACACGCAAAUCGAUGUCCCAGUGGGACACACGAGCGUGCCCCAGGAGGAGGUAAGCACGGGAAUGGCCAACGCAAGGAACGAGGCCAACAGGCCAGCGCCCAUAGCCUGCAAUGAGGAAGAGGACGCUGACAUGGACGAGGAGGAGGAGGAUCCGGAUCCAGUGGUGGCAACAAAUGCUAAUUAUGUGUGCUGUCAAUACCCUGCAACAACGGAAACAACUGCAGCAACAAGCAGCAACAGCAACAGCAACAACGCUGUGGCAACUUUGAACCGCGGCACAUCGCGGGUUCGCGAAUAUCUUAAGAAAUGCAGGCAACGCUUAACGGGUCAGCAGCAGCAGCCACAGUCAAAGACAACUACUACUACCACCACGAUAAUAAUGAUCAGGAAUGAAGCUGCAGCCACAGAGACAGCUACAGACACAGCCACAGCCACAGCGACAGCCACAGCGAUAGAUGUGGCAGAAGAGAUGCAGGAGGAGGAGGAGGAGGAGGAGGAGGAUUGUUGUUCAGAUGAUGCCUCCUCCACAGCGUAUGCGGACACCCAACCCAUUGACUGUAGUCUCAGGGCGCAGCAGCAGCAGGCGGUCCACAAAGUGGAAAUGCAUCCCAUACCGCUGACUGGCGCUGGCGCUGUCGCUGUCGCUGACUUUGUUGAGGCUGACGUCAAAGACAAGGAGACGGUGAGGCAGAACGAGGAUAUGGAUGUGGAUGUGGAUGUGGACGGCAUGCUGGCCCAUCUGAUUGACAGCCAUCUGUCGCACAUUUAUCCCGUCUACUGGGCACGCACGCGUGCGAUAUUAAUCCAGCAGGCACGUGAGCGGCUCGACUACUCCUUCGAUGGCUGUUUGCAGCGCUUCGAGCAGCGUUUCCUAUGCAAAUUUGCACAAAUUGCCACAACGCUGCGCGCCGCUCAUCAAAUUGGCGAGUCCUGGUUAUGGCACGCCGGCUGGCCUUUGGCAACACCCAAUGGAGCGCUGGUGCUGCAGCUGAGCGACGCUGAGAUUGCGCACGCACUUCGUCCCGCAGAGCUGUAUCUGUGCAUCGAAUUGGAAGCCGCAAACGACAAAAGCGACGACAACGCAGAGGCCACACUACGGCUCUAUGCUGUUUGGCGCUCCUCCCCAAACGUGGAGAGCGUCCAGAGAUAUUGCAUCGACCAUACGAAUCCCCUGGCACUGCCAGUGAGCCUGCACCAACUGGAGAUGUCCACCACGGCAGCGACGGCAGCAUCAAUGAUGAUGGCCACAACGGAUGGCGGCGAGCUGCCGCAACUGUUGCAGAAUCUGCUGGUGAGCGUGGAGCGCAGCAUUGAGCGCGUGUCACUAAACGAGCUGCACAUGCAGAUGCAGCUGCCACCCCAAACACACGGCGAGGAAAUGCCACUGGAUGAGGCCAACAACAACAAUAACAACAAUAAUAAUAAUGGGAACACGAAUGGGAAUCCGAGCAGCAUUGCCGGUUCACCCAAGUGUGCGCUGAGGCGCAGCGAUUUGAUUACCAAAAACAAACUGUUCAACAACCGCUACAUGCUGCGGCGUCUGACCAACAGGCAGGACAGCAUGAACUCCACCUCGUCGGGGAACAGCAAUGUGAGCGAUAGGAGCAGUGCCUCCAGCUCCAGCUCGAGUGCCGGAGAGGAGCUGCUCAACAAUAAUAACAAUCAGAAUGGCAACACCAGCAGCAGCAGCGACACAAAGAAAAGGAGCAGCAGCAGCAGCAGCCACAGCGAGAAGAGUGAGGCAUCAUCCACAUCCCCGGCAUUGCCUUUGUUUUGUUUGGGCAACUCUUUUCCGCAUAUCGAUAGCGAUGAGGAGCCCAGCGAUGGCGGCGUAGGAGGCGGGAGCAGCGGAAGAGCCGCUGAAAGAUCUUUGGAGACCUGCGAAACGGAGCUGCUGCCGCCCAGCUCCAUUGGGGAGCUGCCCGAGAAACUGCUGACCAGCGGCGUCUAUCUGCCAGGCACACGCACCCUCCAAGGCGACCCACUUGUGAGCGUGGAUGCGGCCUGUGUGGCGACCGCCGGCCUCAAUUGCUAUGAGCUUGCCACACUGCUGCUCUACUACAGCACCAUACCGGAACGCAACACUCCGCCUGCUGCCCCCCAAACAGCAGGAACAACCGCAACAAUCAAUGGCCAUAAAAGUACCACGGAGCAGCAGUCGCAGCGACAACCGCAACAGCAGCAACCCGCCCAGCAAACAUUUACCAUUUUAAUUGCCAUCGAGAAAUCGCAACAUUUAUGCGUAAUCGAAUUAAUUUGCCAAAGUCUCAGGCUCUUAAGCAAGCAGAUUGGCAAUUGUGAAAUUUUGGUCGUUUCUAGCGAUACAAAUUUGCUGCAAUUGUGCAACGAGCAGCAGCAACAGAAGCAACAGCAGAACUCCACCUCCUCCAGCAGCAACAACAGCAGCAACAACAAACACAAUGAUCACCCGGAGCCGGCAUCGCCAUCGCAUUUGGUUAAAUUCAUUAGCGUCGACCAAGUCACGACAAGUGUUGCGCCAUCACAGCUACCCAGUGGCCUGCUCCCGUCGCUCCCUGCCUUGUCCGGCCAGCAGCAGCAACAGCAGCAGUCGCACCAACAGCAGCAGCAGCAGCAGCAGCAGCCCCAUCACGACGCGGGCAAGUGGCGCGAGUUCUUCGCUCAGCUGGAGGCGUUCCAGCGGCAGUGUUCGGCCGCCGGCGGGCGUUUGGUUAGCGCCCUCAGCGAUAUACGCGCCGCCGAUCUGCAGGGCCUUCCAACGCGCCGCCAGCUAUACGGCCAGCAUCGGGCACUGAGUCGUGCCCUGAUGGACUCGCAGCUGCACAGCCUCCGCAAGCUGGGGGCCUCACAGCUCUCCCGCCUGCAGGAGCUGGCCAGAGGCAUCACCUCUGCCCCGGCGGGUGCCGGCAACUCACCACUGCGAGCACCGAUGACGGUGCUCAAUGCGGAUGCCGCCUGCAAGCUGCGCAAGGUGACGCUUCUCUUCAACGAGGUGGAUCGCGCCGCCCAACGGUUGGAGCAGUUGACCGAACAGAGGCGCGAGCGUCUGCGGCAGCUGACGAGGCAGCGCGCCAUGGAGGAUGAGAUGAAUGAGGUCACCUCUUGGCUGGGCAGCGAUGGAGCGGAGAAUCUGCAAAAGUUUUCGCAACUCCAGUGGGAGAACGAGACCCAACUGAAGGCCCAGGAGCAGGAGUUCGAGAAGUACUACUUCAUAGCAAUGAAACAUUUGGCCAAGGGACGCGACCUGCACGCGGCGGCCAUCAAGGUGUCCGUUCUCAGCGAGAGCGCCGCCAGCCUGAAGACAGCCUUGGAUCAGUUUGCCCAGAAGCUGGAGCUAACCCACGAGCGUUUCGAGGCGGCCGCCCGACUGCUGCACCUGCUCACCCAGCACCAGCGCGAAGUGGCCGCCCACGAGGAGCUGCAGCGCCUGGCCGAGCAGCUGGGCGCCACGCCGCUGCUGGAGAAGCACUGGCCGGCCAUGCGGAAGAGCAACACGCUGCCCGCCGCGAGUAGCACGCCGGCGCCAUCGAGUGGCAAGCGAGGUAGCUAUCGCUGCAGUUCGGGAAGUGGCAGCUCCUUUGAGGGCAUGCCGGGCGGCAACUGCAGCUGCUGGCGUGAGAGCCACCACCUGGAGGACAUGGACGAGCCGGAUGAGGAGGAGCAGGACAACGAUUGCGACAACGACGCCGAUGGCGAUGGCGAGGAGCAGCAGUCGAAGAUUGCCGACUCCGGAGUGGGCGUCUGCGACAACUGUGAGCGCAAUCCGAAGCUGGCACGCAUCUGCUCCUGCCAGAGUCUCAACGAGAAGAGUCACGACGAACUGCUCGAGGAUGAGUGCUUUGAGCGUCAAUCGAAGCGCUACAUGGACAUGCACUCGCCCAUGGAGGCGAAUGCCCAUUUGCAGUGCCAUGGCUCCAGUCUGGAGCUGCCCAAGCUGGAGGAGCUCAGCUGCCUGGAUCCCAAAAUACAAAAAACGCUUCUAUUGAUCAUGCGCGAAAUGAUUGGUACCGAACGCGACUACGUGCGCUCCCUGUACUACGUGAUCGAGAACUACAUUGACGAGCUGCUGCGCGAGGACAUACCGCAGCCGCUGCGUGGCCAGCGGAACGUGAUCUUCGGCAACAUCGAGAAGAUCUUCGAGUUCCACAACUCGCACUUCCUGCGCGAACUGGAGCGGUACGAGCGCAAUCCGCUCAAGGUGGGCGCCGCCUUCCUGGAGAUGGAGUCCAAGUUCUACCUGUACGCGCUGUACAACAAGAACAAGCCCAAGAGCGACACGCUGCUGAGCGAGUACGGCAGCUCGUUCUUCAAGCCCAAGCAGCUCCAGCUGCAGGACAAGCUGGAUCUGGCCUCCUACCUGCUGAAGCCGGUGCAGCGCAUGGGCAAGUAUGCGCUGCUGCUGCAGCAGCUGGUGAAGGCCUGCCGCAGCGUAGAGGGAGCGGCUCUGCAGGAGAUCGCCGCCGACGUGGAGGAGCUGCAGCGGGCCGAGGAGAUGGUCAAGUUUCAGCUGCGACACGGCAACGAUCUGCUGGCCAUGGACUCGCUGCGGGACUGCGAUGUGAACGUCAAGGAGCAGGGCCGUCUGCUGCGCCAGAACGAAUUCCUUGUCUGGCAGGGACGCGGUGGCAAGAAGACGUUGCGACAGGUAUUCCUCUUCGAGGAGCUGGUGCUGUUCAGCAAGGCGCGCCGCUUCCCAGACCACAAGAAUCUGGACAUUUACAUCUACAAGAACAGCAUCAAGACUUCGGAUAUUGGCCUGACGGCGCACACGGGCGAUUCGGCGACCAAGUUCGAGAUCUGGUUCAGGAAGCGGAAGCCGGACGACACCUAUAUGCUGCAGUGCAUGUCGGAGGACAUCAAGAACGCCUGGACCGAGGAGGUAUCCAAGCUGCUCUGGAAGCAGGCGAAACGAAACAGAGAAAUUCGUCUGGCGGAGAUGUCCUCGAUGGGCAUUGGCAGCAAGCCCUGCCUGGAUAUACGUCCGAGCAACAAUCAGAUCAGCGAUCGCUCCAUACCCCUGACACAGCUGAACAAGACACCCAAGUUGCGUCAUACGGAGCCCGGCAAGGGCAGCAUGCGGCGUCCCAACUCGCUGAUAUCGGAGAGCUCACUGUCCAGCGGCACUAGCACCACCAGCGGCUCCUCCAUCAGCGGCGGAUCUUCGUCGGGCCAUGGGACGCACGAGAGCGGGCGGCACAGUCUGCACUUUGGCAAGCUGCCAGGCAGCCACAACAGCAGCAGCAGCCACAGCAAUGCCACGCUGGAACUGAUUAAUGAGACGCAGGCCCUAAAGUUGAGCAAGGGCUGUGGCAGUGGUAGUGGCAGUGGCAGUCACAAGAGCCAAGAGCCCGCUUCCGAGGGCAGAAGCAACGAACACCACGGACACGGCCACGGAAGCAAACGUCAUCCCAAGCGAUCGACGACAAUCGUCAGCCAGCUGUCCAUGGAGAGCGGCAUUGUCUCAGACAUGUGCGGCACACCGGACCAGGAGCACGCGGCCGAUCAAUUGUCCGGCACCGGCAGCAGGGGCAGCUGGUCGACAUCCACCGCAUCGGCAUCGGCAUCCACGGCGAGCGCCUCGACGGUGAUCCUGCGGCGCUACAAGUCGUAUGCGCAUGCGGCCGAGUCCGCUGCCCCGGAGAGCAGUAAAUAGGUUCUCGGCCAGGCCAGGCCGGGCCGGGCCGGGCCAGGCGCUAGGUAUACAGAAGAACGAUUUAUAGCUUUAGCAGAAGAACGGUUUCAUCGGAUCCAGAUAUAAUAUACGAUACCAUACGAUACGAUACGAGUACCAUAAUCAUUAUUAUUUUUACUUCAUUAUUUUUGUUAUUUAUUAUUUAUUACAUUAUUACAUUUUAGUUGUGUUAAUUUGUCAUAAUUAAUCCCCCAUUCCGCAUUCAUUAUUCUCGUUUCGGAAACUAAUUGAAAUUAUUGAAUUCAAUGUGUCAAUGUCGAAAUAUAUAUAUUUCAUAGCAUAGCUCUAGAGAUCCACCACAA